GGAGAGUCCAAAACCCGAUUUGAGAAGUAUAAAAGAAGCUAGCGUUUCUUCAACGUCCAAAUAACAAAGUUGUGUGUCUCAGAAAAUCAGGAGUAACUGAAGAAGAUGCAGAUAUUCGUUAAAACCCUAACAGGGAAGACUAUCACUCUCGAGGUUGAAAGCAGCGAUACCAUCGACAAUGUCAAGGCCAAGAUUCAGGAUAAAGAAGGCAUCCCUCCUGAUCAGCAGAGGUUGAUUUUUGCUGGUAAGCAACUGGAAGAUGGCCGAACCCUAGCUGAUUAUAACAUCCAAAAGGAGUCCACUCUUCACCUAGUUUUAAGGCUUAGGGGUGGAACCAUGAUCAAGGUGAAGACUCUCACCGGGAAAGAAAUUGAAAUUGACAUUGAACCAACUGAUACCAUUGAUCGUAUCAAGGAACGGGUUGAAGAGAAAGAGGGAAUUCCUCCAGUUCAGCAAAGGCUUAUAUACGCCGGGAAGCAACUUGCAGAUGACAAGACAGCGCGGGACUACAAUAUUGAGGGUGGCUCUGUGCUGCAUCUUGUGCUUGCACUGCGGGGUGGCUGUCUAUGGCUCAGCUUCCCUUUGAUGUUUGUGAUCACACUGACAAGAUUUGUAGAGCUUCUAUUUUGGGGUUCUUACGACGAGAGGGGAAUUCACUUGGGCGCCAAGUUCUUUCUAAUGGGCUUUGAUAGAGUGUGGGUAAAGGAGUCGAGAGAUAUCCCUGUUCGUGGCUUUGGCUAUUCAUCUUCGCAGUCAUAUGCUGGAGAAUCUGCAAAUGGAAAAACAAGAUUUGUUUUGCCAAUGUUUAUCCGCCUGAAGAAGAUGCAAAUAUUCGUCAAAACCCUAACGGGGAAAACUAUCACUCUCGAGGUUGAAAGCAGUGAUACCAUAGACAAUGUCAAGGCCAAGAUUCAGGAUAAAGAGGGCAUCCCUCCUGAUCAGCAGAGGUUGAUUUUUGCUGGUAAGCAACUAGAAGAUGGCCGAACCCUAGCUGAUUAUAACAUCCAAAAGGAGUCCACUCUUCACCUAGUUUUAAGGCUUAGAGGAGGAACCAUGAUCAAGGUGAAGACUCUCACCGGGAAAGAAAUUGAAAUUGACAUUGAACCAACUGAUACCAUUGAUCGUAUCAAGGAACGGGUUGAAGAGAAAGAAGGAAUUCCUCCAGUUCAGCAAAGGCUUAUAUAUGCCGGGAAGCAACUUGCAGAUGACAAGACAGCGCGGGACUACAAUAUUGAAGGUGGCUCAGUGCUGCAUCUUGUGCUUGCACUGAGGGGUGGCUGUCUGUAGAUGGUGCCAUAAAAAAAAAAUACCUGGACAGAAACUGUUGCAAUUUUAAUUAUUGCAUAAAUCUAAUGACUUUGCAUUUGAUUCGUUGAGAAAUGCAUGAAUUGAUGAUGAUUUCCUCAAGACACAGAUGUUGUGCUGUAUUACUUGUUUUGUAUAAAUCAGGCUUCUUUGGAUGGCCUCGCAAACUCUUGAGGAUAUGUCAAAAAGGUCCAAAUGGACUUUAGUUUAUAA